AUGUGUAGAUGUGUGUUAUCAACUGACUACGUAUAAAUAAAUGCAGUUUAUGUCGGAAUGGUAUCACUCAGUCUGUGCACGUUGGAACAAGCCAACAUGUUGCGUGUUGUGGCUUACGUCUGCGCUCUCCUGGCACUAGCACACGGACAGACCACCAAUGUACAGUCGUGUUCUCUAAGCAGUGCACCGUUACCGAUCAACGCGCACAUUGAGGGUUGUGUGGAUCCGCCGUGUAUCUUACCGCAGGGCACUUAUGCGGUGGUAAACGUCAUAUUCCGAGCUCCGCGCCCUAUCCAAAGCAUGACAACUGUUGCGACAGCACAUAUUAUGGGGUUGCCAAUCCCAUACGGUCUCGGAGAGGCCGCACACACAUGCAAUUACCUCACUAACUCCCAGUGUCCUCUUGAUAAGGGAGAAGUGGUGCAGUACACCCUACAUAUGUUCAUCGAGUCAUUCUUCCCCGCAGGUACCAAUGUAACAGUCGAGUUAAGAGUUACUGAGGGGUGGGGGUUGUUUGCUCCGACAUUGUGGUGCAUCCGUGUCCCGCUCUCCAUUGUCGGUCCACUGCCCAGUUCUAAUAUUUCUGCCCACAAUGCUACUAUAACUGAUAAAGUAUAAUCUUGAAAAAGCUCUAAUGCACCCAUCAUCAACGUUACCGACAGCCCAUAAGAAGAAGAAUUACGGAGAAGAAUUGAGCAUUCAUCAUCACGCCUGCUCUCGUGGAUUGGCGAUUUCAAACUUAUAAUUAGAUAUUGAAGUCCAGUAUGUGUAUUCUCAACUACCAAAUAAACUGAUACCUAUUUAGUUUUCAUGAUUUAGUUUAGAGGUAAGAUUAUUUUUUACACAAUAAAGAAAUACACCAUUAA